GGCGUCGUAAUGGAAGACUCUCGUUGGGUUCACAAGGGAGCACCGAAUCAAUCAACGAGAACAGUAUCACAAUGAACCAGGACGCCCUAACGGCGGUGUUGACCACCUUGCAACAGACUCAGAACGAGUUUUGUCAGCAAUUGCUUCGCGAGGUGAGGUCCUCGACUCCAUCACAGGCCGACGCCACGGCUGCUGCCAUCGCUGCGGCUGCUACGUUCGCUGCAGCUAAUGGUAACUUUGCACAAUGUACGGCGCGUUACAGCGGCAACAAAGAGGAGCACCUGGAAAGCUUCGUGGAUGCCGUAGAAAGUUACAAGUCGUGCAUGCAUAUUACGGACGAAAAUGCUGUUCGCGGUCUGUCGCUACUGCUUACCAAGGAUGCAGGAGUUUGGUGGCAAGGUGUAAAAUCACAAGUAAGGACGUGGGAAGAUGCGCUCGACAAGCUGCGAAGUGCUUUCGGCGAGCGACGCCCUCCUUUUGUAAUAUACACAGAGCUUUUCUCUUUGGUUCAAGGUGAACAAAAUACGGAGAUUUUUGUUUCGAAAGCCAGAGCAUUGUUAGCUAAACUGCCACCAGAAGACCUUAGCGAGCGAGUCCAAAUAGAUAUGGUAUUCGGGCUCUUAGAUCGCCGCAUAAGAAAAAGAUUAAAAAGAGAAAACAUAGAUACGUUUGAUACAUUGUUGAAACAUUGUCAAAGUAUUGAAGAUUCACGCAAAGAGAAUCAUGUACCCGUUGCGGCAAAGAAGUCGAACGACCGUGAAAAUUCUACGGCAGCGAGCGUUUCGCCGAAUCGCGCAAGGUCGCGCGCCACCGGUACGGGCGGCGUUGCUAAGCAACGUGUUGCGGCCGCCGAAGGUACCUACGCUUCGUUGCGCCCGCGCGAGGGCGGUUUGAGCGGACACGACUCGUUGCAACAUGCAUCACCACAGCCGCCCGACGCCGCGAAGGCGCGUGCUCGGCACGGUGAAACUCCCGCCGUACGGCUCGGCGAAAGUCCUGCGCGCGCUCACGAGUGUUCGCGAGAGCGCGAUACUUACGCCGCCGGUCGCGGAGCAGCGGCGCGCACGUUAAGCGAUGCGCCGGUGCCAGGGACAAGCGCCGGCGCCGCGCCGAGCGCUAACCCUUCGCCCGCGCACUGUGGAGGAGGCAACGGUGCUCAUAAAGUGCUUGUUGAAAGUGGUUUAAAGGUGUUGAAGGACACUCUCAGCCCUGUUACCACAGCUGGCGGUCAUAGAUUGCGCAACGAAGGGUAUAUGAUGAUACCGGUGCACUUCGAAAAUAAAUUACACAUUUUAAAAGCUUUUGUUGUGCCAAGUGUUGUAAACAAUCUUAUUUUGGGAGAUGACUUCUGGCGUGCCUUUCAGAUUUUGCCAAAAUACCUUAGCAGCAUUGUUACAGACGAUACUAAGUCUGACAAUACUAUCAUUUCACCGAAGCAGGGUUCUUUCAUUCAGGGAUAUGAUAGAUUGGAUGAAUCUCAGAAGCAGGUAGCUGACAAUGUUGUUAGGCAGUUUGAGGACAUUUCUUUUCAACGCAAGGGACUCGGUGUAACUGACGUGAUUACGCAUCGUAUAGACACUGGGGAUUCGGGUCCUAUUCGCCAACGCUACUAUCGUCUUUCUCCCGAGAAGCAGCGUAUAUUAGUAGAACAGGUGGAUGAAAUGCUUUCACUCGACGUAAUCGAGCCCUGCGAGAGUGCAUGGUCAUCACCGGUCCUAAUUGUAGAUAAGAAGGAUGGCAAACCCCGAUUUUGUCUAGAUAGCCGUAAGCUGAACUCCGUGACAAAACGUGACGCGUACAACUUACCGUAUAUCGCCGAGAUUUUGGAUAACCUUAGAGAUGCUCGCUAUCUUUCCAGCAUCGACUUAUCCAAAGCCUUCUGGCAAAUUAAAAUCGCUGAGGAGGAUAGGAAUAAGACCGCAUUUUACGUUCCGAGCAGGGGCACUUUCCACUUUAAGCGAACUGCCUUUGGCUUAACCAAUGCUCCUGCGACUCAACAAAGGUUGGUAGACAUGUUGUUUUCUGAGUUCGGGCUCAAGGUUUUUGCGUACCUUGACGACAUUAUCAUCGUCUCGCAGGAUUUUAAUAGUCACGUUUCUUUACUUUUACGAGUCUUGGACAAAUUGAAGCAAGCCAACCUUACUGUAAAUUUAGACAAGUGUCAAUUUUUCAGAAACCAGCUUAAGUAUCUCGGAUAUGUAGUUGACGGUUCUGGUCUGCAUACAGAUCCUGCCAAGGUCGAGGCUAUCUUAAAAGUUCCGACUCCUACUUGCAGCAAAGACCUCAAGCGAUUUCUUGGAACCGCUACUUGGUACCGUCGGUUUGUCCCUAAAUUCAGUACUAUCGCUGGGCCUUUAAAUAAAUUGACUUCCACGAGGAAAGGCACACCUCCAUUUAAAUGGACUUCGGAGGCUGAGUCUGCGUUCCAAGAACUCAAGGAGUGUCUUGUGUCUUCUCCGGUUCUCUGUUGUCCCGAUUAUUCUAAACCUUUCGAGGUACACACUGAUGCCAGCAAUUACGGGAUCGGUGGCAUGCUAACACAAACCAUCGACGGCAAGGAGCACCCGAUCGCGUAUAUGUCUAAGAGCUUGUCACCAGCAGAGAAAAAUUAUAGUAUCACCGAACGCGAGGCACUGGCUGUCGUGACGGCGUUAGAAUAUUGGCGUUGUUACAUAGAAAACGGUCAGACUUUCACACAUUAUGUACAAACAUUGUUUUGUAAUAAUGAAAAUCAAGCUCUGUCUUGUAAUAAUGAUAAUCAAACUUUAUUUUGUGUCCAAGAAAGUCAAGUUUGUGUUGAUAAAAUCAAUGUUUGUCAGGUAAAUGUCAAGGCUUCUCCCCGCCCUAUUAUGAUUAUAAAUGUUCUCGGGGCGAGUGGUUCUGCACUUGUUGAUCCUGCGGCUAAGGCUAGUGUUGCCGGUCACACGUUAUACGCUUUCCUGCGAAGUAAAGGACACCCGUUAGUGUCGUCAACAAUGAGUGUUAGGUUGGCAGACGGUGUUAGUAGGAAUAUGACUGUACUCACCGCAGAGGUGGAGGUGACACUGAAACACAAGACAAGAAAAACUAGUUUUGUGAUUUUUCCUGAUGCCGUCGGUAACGAAUCUCUCUUAGGAAUAGACUUCCUUAAGGAUUUUGAUUUAAUUGUGGAUUUUCGCGACGAUCUCUGGUAUUUCGCUGAAAAUAGUAAACAAAAGUAUGAGUUACAGUUUGAAAGCGUGUCACCUCCCGCUCUGUGUGUUGCUGCUUUAGAGGUGCUUCGGGAGGACGAAGCCACGUUGCUCGACGCGCAACAACGCGAGUUGCUUUCCCAGUUGCUCACGGAGAACAGGGACCUGUUUGAGCCAGGGGGAGGGCCAACUCCUUUUGCUGAGCACAGGAUCGACACGGGCGACCAUGCGCCUAUCGCGGUGCCGCCUUAUCGUGUCACGCCUGCUAAGGAGGUAAUGCGAGCGGAAAUAGAGAAGAUGCUGGCAGACGAUAUAAUAGAGGAAUGCGAGUCCCCAUGGGGCUCCCCAGCACUCUUGGUCCCCAAGGCUAAUGGCAAGGUACGUUUUUGUGUGGACUAUCGCAAGCUUAAUGCUAUUACCAAAACGGAUUUUUAUCCAAUGCCUUUGAUCGACGAGCUCGUACAGUCAACGAAGAGGAACUGUUACAUGAGCACGCUCGAUAUGCGCAGUGGGUUUUGGCAGGUGUCUGUUAGGCCGGAAGACCGCGAUAAGACAGCCUUUGUCUCUCCUUUUGGUACGUACCGCUUUAAGCGUAUGCCGUUCGGACUAAAAAAUUCGCCGUCCACUUUUCAGCGGCUUAUAGACAGGCUCCGCUCAGGCUCUUCUCUCCAACAAGUGACUUUGCUCGCGUAUCAAGAUGACUUGCUGGUCAUUUCUGAAGGUUUCAACCAGCAUCUUGCGGAUCUUCGAGCAGUCUUUGAAAGAUUGCGUAUGUUUGGUCUGCGCGCUAAUCGUGAGAAGUGUGUCUUUGCACGUGAAAAGGUAAAAUACCUUGGUCAUAUCAUUUCACAAGACGGUAUUUCGCCAGAUGAUGACAAAGUCCGUGCUGUCUUGGACAUGAAGGCCCCUUCGACGCUGCGCCACUUGCGGACAUUCUUGCAGACCUGCUCUUGGUUCCGUAAGUUUAUCCCUAGUUUCUCUGCUGUUGCCGAGUCAUUGACCCGUCUGACAAAGAAGAACCAGGUAUGGAUGUGGGGUCCGGAACAGGUGGAAGCUUUUGAGCAGUUAAAAAAGCGAUUGACUUCAGCUCCUGUUCUUAUCCAGGCUGAUUAUCAGAGGCCGUUCAUUUUGAGAACACACUCGAGCAACUACGCGCUCGGUGGCGUUUUGCUUCAAGGACAAGGUAAAGAUGAACGCCCCAUCGAGUACGCCAGUCGUCUGCUCACACCAGCUGAAAGAAACUACAGCACUACAGAACGCGAGGCUCUUGCGGUCGUGUGGGCCGUAGAGCGGUUCAGAGGAUACAUUGAAGGGCAUCCUGUCGUGAUUGGGAGCGACCACCAGCCAUUGAAGUGGCUUCUGACCUUAAAGUCGCCUUCAGGUAGGUUAGUUCGGUGGGCGUUAAAACUACAGGCCUUCAACAUCCGGUUCGAGUACACUCCAGGUAAGGCAAAUGUGGUCGCCGAUACUCUCAGUCGUCCUGCGUGUGGAGAGGAAAGUAAGGAUCAGUGUGGCAUAUGUGCGGUCGUCGUGGACUUACCUGCACGCAGCCCUACAGACCUGCGUCGUGCUCAGCUCGAUGACCCGGAUCUGGAAAAGAUAAUAGUAGAAUUAGAGAGUACGUCAGACGAUACUGCCGUUGGAGCAAAGCGUUGGUCUGAAAGAGGAUAUUUUAUGCAGCAAGGCGUCUUGUACAGGUACAAUCCCGAUGUUGAUAGUGAAGAACCGCAGCUAGUGGUUCCUAUUUCGCUUCAUCUUGACAUCUUGAAGGAAUGCCACGAUUCUCCGUUGUCGGGGCACCAAGGGGUUGAGAGGACCUUUCACAAGAUCUCGCAACGCUUUUUCUUCCCAGGUAUGCGUCGUAUCAUCGCUGAAUACAUAAAAAGUUGUGUAUCUUGUCAGCGAUACAAAGCGUCUAAUGAGAAGCCUUCUGGUCUUCUCCAAACUCCGGUUCUUAGUCAACGCAACGAGGUCGUAGCUAUCGAUCUUUUUGGUCCUUUACCAGAAGGGGAGAAAGGAGAGCGUUGGAUUUUCUUAGUAGAAGAUACCGCCACAAGGUGGGUGGAACUAUAUGCGCUGAAAGAAGCUACGUCCGAAGCUUGCGCGCGUACUAUUGUAGAAGAGUACUUUCUCAGGUACGGUUUUCCUCGCAGGAUAGUCUCAGACAAUGGUGUACAGUUUGUAGGAGCCGUUAUGCAACAAUGCAUGUAUAUCCUCGGAGUCAAACAGAGCCUCCUCCCGCUGUACCAUCCUGAAGCGAAUCCCGCCGAGCGUAAAAAUCGCGAUAUGAAGACUCAGCUUGGGCAGCUGGUUGGAAACGAUCACACAUCGUGGCCAACGAAGCUGGGUGUAAUCCGGUUUGCCAUGAAUAGUGCUGUGUGUCAAGCGACUGGUGCUACUCCGGCGUACCUCAUGUUUGCACGGCAGAUGAGGUCUCCUAUAGAGGUUAGUUAUGACUUAAGAGCCGUCCUUGAUAAAGAAAACUUUGUUCCGCAGAUUACGCCAUAUCUUCGCUCGUUUAUUAGUUCUCUGUCAGCAGUACGAGAUCGGGUUGAAGCUCAGCAGGAUAGGCGUAAGGAACAUGCUGACAAAUCUCGUCAGCCAGGUGAUGUAUUUGACGUCGGGGACAAUGUCCUCAUUAAGUCGCACGUUCUUAGCAAUGCGUCAAAGAACGUCUCUGCCAAGUUUGUACCGAAAAGAGAUGGCCCUUACCUGGUCGUUAAGAAGGUUAGUCCGACAACUUACCUGGUCGCUGAUCCUGGCUCACCCGGUGAGAUUCUGGGCAAGUAUCACUCCUCUCAGCUCGUUCGAUUUAAUAGUAGAGAUGAUGUGCUUCCUUCUCCCGUAGUGCCAAAACGAAAUAGAGGUCGUCCACGUAACCGAGACCAGAGUGUUGUGCGAGUCCACGGACGUGGGCGUCUUGAUGAACUCGAGGGGGAGUCUAUAGCGUGUGACAGGGACAGCACGCCCACGCGUGCGUUAGAAAGGGAUAUCACGCCUUGUGAGCGUCUUCCCAAGAGAACCAAUCGCGGUCGACUCCCGGCUCGCUUCUUAACAGAUUAA